AUGGGAAAGUCUUCCAAGGAUAAACGCGAUGCUUACUACCGUCUGGCCAAGGAGCAAGGCUGGCGUGCACGCAGUGCCUUCAAGCUGUUGCAAUUGGAUGAAGAGUUUGACCUAUUCGCCAACGUGACCAGAGUCGUUGACCUGUGUGCUGCCCCCGGUAGUUGGUCUCAGGUUCUAUCCCGUGUUCUUAUCAAGGGAGAGAAGUUCGGCCGUUCAGCAUGGGAGGAUCGUGAGGCCAAGUUCCGCCAGGAAAUGUUGGGCGUUUUCCCCGCCACCCCUGAAUCUGCCAUACUAGGGGAGAAGACCCAGACCGAGACUGCUCCUGAAGAAACGCAACCUCGCAAGGACGUCAAGAUUGUGUCCAUCGAUUUGCAGCCCAUCAGUCCUCUUCCUGGCAUCAUCACAUUGCGUGCCGACAUUACGCACCCCGCCACGGUGCCUCUACUCCUCAAGGCUCUGGAUCCCGACUACGACGCUGCCAACUCCAAGAGCCAGAAAGCUAGCCAUCGUGUCGACCUAGUCAUCAGCGACGGUGCCCCCGACGUUACUGGUCUUCACGACCUGGAUAUUUACGUCCAGUCACAGCUUCUCUUCGCCGCCCUCAACCUCGCGCUUUGCGUACUGAAGCCCGGCGGCAAGUUUGUCGCCAAGAUUUUCCGCGGCCGCAACGUCGACCUCCUCUACGCACAGCUCAAGAUCUUCUUCGAGACCGUCAUCGUCGCGAAGCCAAGAUCCUCCCGCGCAAGCAGUGUUGAGGCCUUCAUCGUCUGCAUCAACUUCCAGCCCCCCGCCGGUUUCCAGGCCAGUCUCGAGAACCCGCUUGGCGUUGGCCACGAGCUACCGAAAAUGGUCGAGGAGAGGAGGAGCCAGCUGCCUGCUACUGCUGAUGCGCUCAUGCAAAACCCCCUGACUGGGAAAUGGGACUCUGCUCCCACGGCGUCUGCGACAAGAGGAGACGGCCAGGCUGUUGAGGUGGAAGCCUACGACGAAACGGAUGAGAUAACGGAUCACGAGAAACACAUUAGAUGGAUUGCGCCCUUCAUUGCCUGCGGCGACUUGUCGGCGUUCGACUCUGAUGCAUCAUACCAACUGCCCGAAGAUCAUGUCUCCUUGGACCCUGUUCAACCCCCGACGGCACCCCCGUACAAGCGCGCGAUUGAGUUGAGAAAAGCUGCCGGUGGGGCGUACGGCAAGACGUCAAUCAAGGCAUGA